AUAUACGCCCUUUCCCCAAGCCCACCCUUCUUCCUCCUCUCCAAAUCUCGCUCCCCAUGCCCUCCCCGUCCCACUGACGGUGGUCCCCACCGCCCCGACCUCGCCUCCCUUCCCCGGCCGGCGACCCUACGGCCAAGAGACCCGGCACCCCGUCGUCUCCGGUUCCUGGGAGGCCCUCGUGCCUGGAUGGAGGCGGUCGCCGCGCGCCGCUGGCCCGGAUCUCGCCGUCGGGGCGUCCCCGUCAGGGGUGGUCUCUGAACCUUCAAACUUUUGUGUCCUCGGUUUUUUGUGACAAGUCAGAGAAAACAAUGGAAGAUUUACAAGAUUGCAACUCCAAAAGCCUUGUUGCUGUUCCUGGUUCUCUGGUUCUGCACCUCUUUAGGCAGUUUGGUCAGCAGGAUAAUUCCUGGCAUAAGUACACCUUAGCUUACUUUCUUUUGGUCAGGAAUGAGUACUUCUCAAGGGAGCCAAGGAAACACUCAACUGUGAGUGGGCAACAUGUUGACUGCUGUGAUAGUUCAAAAUUAGAUCUGGCCAGUAAAGCACUGCCACUGAAGGAGCAGAAUGCUGUUGUGAAGACUCAAUCUGGAGGUGAUUCCAGUUCCAAUGGAUCAAAUGAUGGUUUCCUUCCAGGCCUUCAUGAUGACAUGGCUCAGGACUGCCUUGCUUGGACAAGCAGAUCAGACUACCCCUCACUCUCUUGUCUGAACAAGAAAUUCAAUAUGUUGAUUAACGGUGGAUAUCUGUACAAACUGCGGAGGAAGUAUGGCAUUGUUGAGCAUUGGGUAUAUCUUGCUUGCAGCUUGAUGCCAUGGGAAGCAUUUGAUCCUUCGAGAAAUCGUUGGAUGAGGCUCCCAAGAAUGCCAUGCGAUGACUGCUUCUCCUGUGCAGACAAGGAAUCACUUGCAGUUGGGACACAGCUGCUUGUCUUUGGCCGAGAAUAUACUGGCCUUGCUAUUUGGAUGUACAAUUUACUGACACGUCAUUGGUCUAGGUGCACUCCAAUGAAUCUUCCUCGCUGUCUCUUUGCCUCUGGAAGCUCUGGGGAGAUUGCCAUUGUUGCUGGUGGGUGUGAUAGUACCGGUCAGGUGCUGAUAUCUGCUGAGCUGUACAAUUCAGAGGCUGGGCAUUGGGAGACUUUACCAGACAUGAACUUACCUAGAAGACUCUCAUCAGGUUUCUUCAUGGAUGGCAUGUUUUAUGUCAUUGGGGGGGUGUCAAGUGAGAGGAAUUCUCUGACUUGUGGAGAGGAAUACAAUCUUCAGACAAGGACAUGGAGAAGGAUACCUGAUAUGUACCCUGGAGGAACCAGUGCCUCGCAAUCACCUCCUCUUAUUGCUGUUGUGAAUAACCAGCUCUAUGCGGCUGACCAGUCCACAAACGUGGUUAAGAAGUACGACAAGGAAAAUAACAUUUGGAACAUAGUGAAGCCAUUGCCUGUCAGAGCUGACUCUUCCAAUGGCUGGGGCCUAGCUUUCAGGGCAUGUGGUGAUAGAUUGCUGGUCAUUGGUGGUCAUAGAGUACCCCGUGGCGAGGUAAUACUGCUGCAUUCUUGGUGCCCCGAAGGCGGGAACGGCGGUGCUGACUGGGAGGUGCUCUCAAUGAAGGAGCGCGCCGGCGUGUUCGUUUACAACUGUGCAAUAAUGGGGUGCUGAAUUGCCUUUGCUUCAGUAUAUGCCGCUUGUGUAGCAAAACCACCGAUUUGUAGCUGCCGUCUCGCUACCCUUUAUAAUGACUUGUAAUUCAGAAAUGACACCCCCUCUCCUUUCGUGGAGCUCUCGAUUAAAUCUUUGGACGAGAGCAUAGAGCAUUCAGUUCAGAUUACCUGGAACUUCGUUUUUAACACUCUUCUAAAUUCGUUGUUCAGUAUGAAGUCUAUGCAAUAUUCUUUAUUCACCAUCUAUGAUGAAGAGUUGUUAGUCUA